UGCUACCAAAUCAAACCUCCAAUCUCUGUUGAAGCAAACUCAGAUUUCCAUAUAUCAGUAAUAGAACGCAUUUCCAUUUCAUUUUCGAUCUUGUUGGAGGUAGAUUUGGAUUUUUAAGCUCAGUCUCUCUACAAUUACAAGUAGCAAUCCAGAUGAGAUUCGCAGGACCAGAUUUGAAGAAACCCUAGAUCAAUGCAUAGAUUUGUGUUAGUGACAGACUCUUAACGAUGGCGAAGCAGUCGACGGGAUUAUCGACACUCUGCUUCCACAAGAAGCGGUGGCUGUUACUACUCUUAGCUAUGCUGUCUAUCUCCACCGCCGUUGCGUUUAUUAUUAGGGCCGCGCAUGAUUCUUCUUGUGAUCGUCAACAUUUUGAUGCCCCUGGGCUCCAAUCGACGGAAAAGCCGAAGGAGACGGCGCCGCCUCUGAUCGGAGUAACCAGCCCCCUCAGUUUCAUGAAGUCCAAACGUGUUCUUCUUGUCUCCCAUGAACUAUCUCUUUCUGGUGGUCCAUUGCUUUUGAUGGAACUAGCAUUUUUAUUACGUGGUGUUGGUGCAGAAGUUUGUUGGAUAACAAACCAAAAACCAUCCGGAACGGAUGAGGUGAUAUACAAUUUGGAGAACAAGAUGUUGGACCGUGGAGUGCAGGUCUUCUCUGCUAAGGGUCAAGAAGCUAUAGAUACGGCCCUAAAAGCUGAUUUGGUAGUAUUAAACACUGCUGUUGCUGGAAAAUGGCUGGAUGCUGUGCUGAACAAAGAUGUUCCGCGGGUUCUGCCAAAGGUGUUAUGGUGGAUUCAUGAAAUGCGAGGCCAUUACUUCAAAUUGGAUUAUGUUAAGCACUUGCCUUUUGUUGCUGGGUCUAUGAUUGAUUCCCAUGUAACAGCUGAAUAUUGGGAGAACAGGACUCAAGAGCGCUUAAAAAUUAAGAUGCCAAAGACCUAUGUCGUUCACCUUGGUAACAGCAAAGAACUUAUGGAUGUUGCUGAAGAUAAUGUGGCCAAAAGGGUCUUGAGGGAGCAUGUUAGGGAGUCCCUUGGAGUGCGGAAUGACGACAUACUAUUUGCUGCAAUCAAUAGUGUUUCACGGGGAAAAGGUCAAGACUUAUUUCUACGCUCGUUUUAUGAGAGCUUAGAAUUGAUCCAAGAAAAGAAGCUGCAAGUGCCGUCAAUACAUGCAGUGAUCGUGGGGAGUGAUAUGAGUGUGCAGACGAAAUUUGAAACAGAACUUCGGGAUUUUGUAGCACAGAAGAAAAUCCAACAUCGAGUUCAUUUUGUAAAUAAAACUCUUACCGUAGCCCCAUAUCUAGCAGCAAUUGAUGUUUUAGUCCAGAAUUCUCAGGGGAGAGGAGAAUGCUUUGGAAGGAUAUCAAUUGAAGCUAUGGCCUUCCAGCUUCCUGUAUUGGGAACAUCAGCAGGAGGAACUGCAGAAAUAGUGGUGAACGAGUCGACAGGGUUUCUGCAUCCAGCAGGAAAAGAAGGGGUGGGUCCGCUCGCGAGAAACAUGGUGAAACUUGCGACACACGUGGAGAAGAGGCUAACGAUGGGAAAGAGGGGGUACGAGAGGGUGAAACAAAUGUUUCUAGAACGACAUAUGGCGGAUAGAAUUGCUGCUGUUCUAAAGGAGAUAUUGCAAAAAGGCCACCAAUGAUAAAAGGAAUGGAUUUCGUAAUUUGUAUAUUCAAGAACAGUAUAAAUAGGCAAAUUGUUUGUUGUCUAUUUUUCACCACUUUCAUGUUAGUUAGCCAUGCAAACGUUUUAAUAGUUGAUUAUUUUUUGGUUUUGUUGAUGAUAAAUUGAAUGAAAAUGCAACUUGUAAUUUUGAUACCGU